GAAGUGCCAUUCGGGUUUGGACCGUACCGAGGGCAGCUAGAGGGCCUCCCGAAGGGCUCCCAAGUUCGAAGCCUGCCCUGCUGCUGAGGACAGCCCUUUGGGCUCGAGUGGGUCAGGAAACACUGGAUACAGCUCCUAGUGCUAAGCUGAGCAUUCGGUGGGCGGACUGGGCACCACGACCUGGCUACACCCUCUCCCGCAGUGAACUGAGGAAGGCCUUCUGAGACCAAGUGCGACAGAAAACUGUUCUGAAGCUUCGGUUUCCACAGCGCUUUAGAUGACAUGGAGCACCGGAUAUUGUACUCGAUUUAAUCUGGCAACGAUGAAGCAAUCGGGAAUGUUUUGAGAGCAAAAGAAGCUUGGAAGAAGGUGCCCCUUCUGUAGCUCCAGGGAAGACAGAGGAACUGCCACACACGAAUUAAUCCUUAAGAACUGCCCCCUCCCGCAAGCUACCGAAGCUGCAGCUGGAUGGAUGGGAAGAUGCAUCUGGCUUUUCUUCUUGCCUUGCUGCAGCACCUCGAGGCUGGUUCCAGUAUCAUUCGCCGCCACGUUUGUCAGGUGCUGCUCCGAAUUUUCCGAUCGUGGUUCUCCCAUCAUGAAUUCUCUCUUUUGGGACCAUGGCUCAUGGAACUAAUAAGGGUGGAGAUGUCUGCCCAGAGGCUGACUUCUAACAGAACAUCCCUGCAGCCAGCAUCUAAUGCUGAUUACACCUGGGAGUAUGAGUACUAUGAGAUUGGACCAGUGUCCUUCGAGGGACUGAAGGCUCAUAAGUAUUCCAUUGUGAUUGGAUUCUGGGUUGGUCUUGCGGUCUUUGUGAUUUUCAUGUUUUUUGUGCUGACUUUGCUGACGAAGACAGGUGCCCCACAUCAAGACAAUGCAGAGUCAUCAGAGAAGAGAUUCAGAAUGAACAGCUUUGUGUCAGACUUUGGGAAACCAAUGGAGUCAGAUAAGGUGUUCUCUCGUCAGGGUAACGAGGAGUCCAGGUCUCUCUUCCACUGUUAUAUCAAUGAAGUGGAACACUUGGACAGGGUCAAAGUCUGCCACCAAACAACAGCCAUCGACAGUGAUGUCCAACUCCAGGAAGCCAUCAGAAGCAGUGGGAGGCCUGAGGAGGAGCUGAGCAGGUUUAUGAAGUUUGACAUCCCCAACUUCGUGAACACGGACCAGAACUCCUUUGGGGAGGAUGAUCUUCUGAUUUCAGAACCACCUGUUCUUCUAGAAAAUAAGCCAGUUUCCCAGACUUCACGUGUAGACCUGGACUGAGAAAUGCUUGUGGGCACCUUCCUGAGGAUGUAUUCUGUCUCUGUAUAGCCAGAAACCUACCCCCCCCCCCUUGGUGUGUGUGUGUGUGUGUGUGUGUGUGUGUGUGUGUGUGUGUGUGUGUGUGUGUGUAGAGAGAGAGAGAGAGAGAGUGGAUGAUGUUGAAAGUUUAAGAUCUAGGCUAGGGCUGGGACUUAGUGAUAAAGGUGUAGAGUUUGGAGAAGGAAGGCACCAUUUUGUUGUCUUUUUUGAGGGGGGAGGUAGUGAGUUUUGUUUCUUUCCCUUUUUGGAUUAAAAACACACAGUAUUAAAGCUUCCUUAUUGAAAAAAUUGGCUACAUAUACAGUUGAGCUGCCCUGGGUGAGGGUUAGGUCACUGCAUUCUGAUCUAGCCCAUUUGCUACCAUUCUUUGCCUAUAACAGCUGCUUUACCUCUCUGGACUGCAUGGCUUUAAAGGUAAGGCGGCAUAUCUGGAGUAGACGACCCAUCCCAGCUCAAGUAUUUUGUGACUUUCAGACUUAGCAUCCAAGACGAGCUAACGUAUAUAGAAGCAGUAGAAAAUAGAACAUGGCAUCCUGGCUCUGAUUGCAGGCUCUCCAGGUCUUGGUACCCUCCCCUCCAGUCAGUCCUGCACUAGGUCAUUAUAGCAGGAAUCUUAAAAGUUCUUAUUAAUAAAAUCAAACCUGAGCCAGGUAUUGGGGUGAACUGGAAGAUCAAAGAGACAGAACAAGCCACAGCUAACCUCACCUGGCCAACUUCUCAGCUGGUCUUGUUUCCUCAGAUUGGAAGCUUCUGUGUCCUCAUCCCAAUGGCUCUCAGCUGAACUGCUGCUCGAAAGCCUGAAGCUUAACCAGCUAAAAGCUUCUAGUUUCUAGUCUUCACACCUUAUAUAUCUUUCUCUUUCUGCCGUCACUCCCUGGGAUUAAAGGCUCACUUUCUGGGAUUAAAGGUGUGAGUCACCAUGACUGACUGUUUCUAAUGUGGCCUUGAACUCACAGAGAUCCAGAGGGAUUUCUGCCUCUGGAAUGCUAGGAUUAAAGGUGUGAGUGCCACCGUUUUCUAGCCUUUGUAUCUAGUGGCUGUUCUGUCUCUGACCCCGGAUAAGUUUAUUAGGGUACACAAUAUUUUGGGGAACACAGUACCACCACAGGUCAUAUGUUAGUUAGGGGAGCCUUUAGCAGGAGUCCAGGAGAGUCACACACUGUGACAGUGCUUCUGCUGAGACACACUGAGGCAGUUUAUCUGAGGAACUCCAUCUGGGACAGCUCUGACCCCAGUGAGUGCCAGCCUAAAGCACUUCACAAGCAUUUGAGCUCUCCAAAAAUGGUAGGGCAGAUUGUCAUCUGGCUGAUUGGGUCCCUUCUGAGCAUCCCUGUGUGGUCACACUGCUGAACUCUUUGGCUUCAAAACAAGAUACUGUUUGCCAUGCUGUCUGUCUGCUUUGGCGGGUGUGUAGAUGUUGACUGCCUGGCUUGGAGCCGAGAUGGUCAGUGGGUUGUGUGUACCACAGUAACAUGUUCAGGAUGGGGUGAUGUUAACAUGAGCAACAUGUUCGUUUCAAAAAGGAAUCAACCCUAAUUUGCUGGCGUCAGAAACAACUCAGUCUUGCACACGGUGAGUUGUACGCAUGGCCAGCUGCUCGUCUCUGGGUAGCAUUGUCUUUGUGAUUUGUCAUUUGUCUUGCUUAAGUUGCAAAAUAAAUGCAUUUAUUGCACAGGAA